UUGUCUACUUUAAAGUCUCAGUUGAAUAAAACCCCUGAUUGGAAAAAUAGAUAUGCGCGUUGCAACCCAAACAGCAUGUGUUUAUUUCACUGUGUAAUGUUUGCCCCCGCAUAUGCCUUCUUUUUUUGCAUUUUAUUUCUUUUUCGUUUCUGUUUUAGCAGCCACUUUUUUUUGUAUUUGUUCAUUUGUUCAUUUUUUUCUACUUGCAAAGAAAAAAAACUUUAUUUAUUUACUGUAAAAUUCGCCAUUUUAUUUAUUUACCUCUGCGUGAAAUGAGCCCAACAAAACAAGAAGAGAAAGAGCAGGUGCAGGGAACCACGGCCAUUGGAAAUUCGUCUUCGCCAACCAAUCCACCACCACAGAGACCGACAGCCGCAGGGAAGGCGGCGGCAAAGGCACUCAUGCUCUCGCCAUUACAAAAGAGGCCACCCAUCCACAAAAGCAACACAAUAGAUCUCGCUGGAAACAACGUCCCGCAGGCAGCCAACCGAAGCAGCAUAGAAUGCUUGCCGCCUCAGCCAAUAUCCCCGCUACUGCCCAUUUCAACCGCUGGAGAGCAGCAGCCGGAGACUAACAGGGUGUCGUAUGCCCAUAGGAGGAGCGUUAGCGGGUGGGAUAAGCUGUUUUCGGACAUGUCCCAGCGCGCUGAGAACAAUAUAGAGGACAGCGAUUAUGCUGAGAAAGAACAGCAGCUGCAGCCAGAGGAGCAGCAGCAUCAGCAACAACAGCAGCAGCAGCAGCAGUUGGAGCUGAGGGUGCCUGCGAUGGGCGAGGACUCUCUGGCUCACGGUGACGUCCAGUCCGACGACAACUACCCUUGCAGACAGGCGCGCAGCACAGACAUCAACGCAGGUGGCGAGCGCAACGGCAGCCGCGACCGCGCCGACACGGGCGUCUCGUCGACUGGGUCGGCACUGCAGUACUACACGGGCUCAAACACAUCGACAACGGCGCUCGCGCAUUCGUACACAAUCAAGGAUGUCAGCGGGGGGCCGGUCAUCGGCCCCGACGGCGUUAAGGCCAAGCUCAUUCGCGCACAGGACAAGAUCGAGAGCGCAUCCGAGCACGUGCACGAUAAGGAGUCGCCGCUGCUCGCGCGGCUGUUCCAUCGCGGCUCAAACGACGAUGACGACAACCAUAACAACAAAGCCGAUGGCAACAACGACGACGACGACGACGACGACGAGGCGGCCGGGCGGCGCAAGCGCGUCGACGACCUGCGGCACAAGCUGCGGCGCGCGGUCAUCAAGGCCACGGUGCUGACGGGGCGCAAGCCGCAGCGGCAGAUGAAGAGCGCAAUGCCCAACAGCAUCUUCCCGUUCUUGCAGGACGCGAUGUUUGUGCCAAUGUUCCAUUUUAUGCGCGACGAGCACGGCCACCGCGCGCCGCCCGUGAUCUUUGACGCGAUCCGGCUCAGCGUCAUGGUGUCGGGCGCGGUGCCGACCAGCGAGGAGGAUCACCACUUUAUUGUGCGCAUCGAGCUGCAGUACGGCGACGUCAAGUGGUCGAUCCACCGGCGGCUCAACGACUUUCUGGCGCUGCACACGGUGCUGACGCUGCGCAAGUUCCAGGGCCGUGUCACGCAGCUGCCGGCGUUCCCGCCGCAGAUCAGCUACGCGAUCGAGCGCGCGCGGCUGUUCAAUCUGGGCGGCACCGGCAGCGGCAGCGAGCGGCGCAUGCAGUCGACAGUUGACCGCAAGCAGGCGCUCGAGUCGUACCUGGUCAAGCUGCUGCGCGCGCUCAACAUGCGGCCGGCCUACGAGGUGUGCACGUUCCUCGAGCUUAGCGCCGUGUCGAUCAUCAAGGACGUCGGCUGGAAGGGCAAGGAGGGCAGCCUGGACCGGCGCGUCGAGCAUACCACUGGCAUGUGGUGCACGCCGCGCGACCUGCGGCGGUGGUCCAAGCAGUGGGUGCUGGUGCGCGACUCGUUCAUCGCGUUCUGCAACCACAUCUCGGACCCGUACCCCAGCGACGUGCUGUUUGCCGACCCGCAGUUUGACAUCAAGUACCGCAAAAAGUCGGGCCACAACCCGUUGUUUCCGUACCGCAUCACCGUGUCCAACCAGUACCGCCGCAUCCAGCUGCGCAGCGACAGCGAGCGCGUUAUCAAUGAGUGGCGCCACUCGAUUGGCGAGAUGAAGCGGCUGUCCGCGUGGGCCGUGCCGCACCGCUUUGAAUCUUUUGCGCCGAUCCGCGACAACAGCCGCGUCAUCUGGUUCGUUGACGGCGAUGACUAUUUCUACGCGCUGUCUGAGGCGCUGGAGAAGGCGACCGACUGCAUCUACAUCGAGGACUGGUGGCUGUCACCUGAGCUGCACCUGCGGCGGCCGUACCACCUGAACGAGGAGUUCCGGCUGGACCGGCUGCUGAAGCGCAAGGCCGAGGAGGGCGUUAAGAUAUACGUGGUUAUCUACAAGGAGGUCACGGUGUCGCUGACAAUCAACUCGGCGUAUACCAAGCGCAAGCUGCAGUCGCUGCACCCGAACAUCAUGGUGCAGCGGCACCCGGACCAUCUGGCCGGCGGAACCAUGUUCUGGGCGCACCAUGAGAAGAUGGUAAUUGUGGACAACACCUUUGCGUUUAUUGGCGGGCUGGACCUGUGCUGGGGCCGCUACGACACGCACGGCCACCGGCUGGCCGACUACUUUUUGCCGCACAAGGGCCGGCCGUUUGCGCACCUGCAGAACUUCUUCGGCCAGGACUACAACAACGCGCGCAUCCACGACUUUUCCAACGUGCACGAGUACGAGGACACGCUGAUCGACCGAUGCUCGACGGCGCGCAUGCCGUGGCACGACGUGCACAUGGCGAUGAUUGGCCAGCCGGCAAGGGACGUCGCGCGCCACUUCAUCCAGCGCUGGAACUUCAUCAAGGGCUCCAAGGCGCUGGCCAAGGCACACAUGCCGUUCCUGAUGCCCAAGGGCGAGUACUCGGCGACACGCAAUGAUAUGCAGUACCGCGGCACUUGCCGCACGCAGGUGCUGCGGUCAUCGGCCGAGUGGUCUAUGGGCAUCAGCAAGGAGAGCAGCAUCCACACGGCGUACUGCGAGAUGAUCCGCGAUGCCAAACACUUCAUCUACAUCGAGAACCAGUUCUUCAUCUCGAGCGCGCGCGAGGAUGCCGGGUACACCAUCAAGAACCGCAUUGCCGAGGCGUUGGUCGACCGCAUUAAGCACGCGCACCGCCGCGAGGAGAAGUUCCGUGUCAUUGUACUGAUGCCCCUGAUGCCGGCCUUUGAGGGCGACGUCAAUGCGGCCGGCGCCGCCACGCUCAAGCUGGUUAUGCACUGGCAGUACCAGACUAUCUGCCGCGGCGACCACUCGAUCGCCUCGCAGCUGGCCAAGGAGGGCAUUGAUAUGCACCAGUACAUUCGCUUCUUCGGUCUGCGCACCUACGAUGUUAUCCGCCGCUUUGCCGACGGUGCUGUUAAGCAGGACAUCACGGCUAUUGCCGGCAACGCACCGCAGGAGGCGCCCGGCUUCGAGGACAUGCUGAGCAAGCAGGGC